AUGGUUUCCAGCUAUUUGAGGUCAACAUUCAAGUUUAGAAAGACUACUGUAAGUCUAUUGUUUGCACUGACAGUGCUAGCGCUCGCUCUAACUACCUUUAUCGAUGCUAAUAGAUACAAGAGCAGCUUACCCAGUGAUAAGUAUUCCAAGAAACUUUUGGAUACUGCUUGGCAUGAUUUAGAGGUCAUUACAGAGAAACCCCAUCCAUACACUUCGCAUUUCAACGAUGAAGUGCAUGACUAUUUACUCAAGAGAGUGAGAGAAACGACUAAGGGGAACCCCCAUGUAAAGGUUUGGGAUGACUAUAAAAAUAGGGUAACGAAACUUUUCAAGCACCUCGACGUUUUCAACGACUCUUCAACCGAUACAAGACUCGUGUAUUAUGAAUCUUCUAAUGUGCUAGUUAAGGUCCAGGGUAAAAAUCCAGACUUGCCGGGCCUAUUGCUAUCUGCCCACUUCGACUCUGUCCCAACUGCGUAUGGUGCUACUGAUGAUGGUAAAGGUGUGGUUUCAUUACUUGCGUUGUUGCAAUAUUACUCCGAUCAUCAACCAGAACGUACGAUAGUCUUCAAUUUCAACAAUAAUGAAGAGUUCGGAUUACUAGGAGCUACCAUAUUCACUUACCAUCCUUGGUUUAAGAUUGUGUCUUACGUUAUAAAUUUGGAAGGCACUGGUACCGGAUCCAAGGCAGUUUUGUUCAGAACUUCUGACACAGGCACUGCAUCUGUAUAUGGGAACUCUGUCAAAAAUCUACCUUAUGGUAAUUCUAUGUACCAACAAGGUUUCUAUAGCAGAUUUGUUUCCAGUGAGACCGAUUACAAAAUAUAUGAAUUGAAUGGUCUUCGAGGUUGGGAUAUUGCGUUCUAUAAGCCAAGAGAUUUGUACCAUACGGGUAAAGAUACAGUUUUGUAUACCAGUAAAGAUGCUUUGUGGCAUAUGUUGAGUACGGCUUGGCAGUUAUCGAAGUACAUGGCAUCAGAUGACGCUAACACAUCACAGGAUAUUCUUGAUGAUGAGGGAAAGCAAACUCCGGCUGUUUAUUUCGAUGUACUCACCAAUUACUUCUUCGUCGUUUCUGCUAAACAAUUAUACUUUUGGAAUAUAGUUCUUCUGUUAAUUGUGCCAAUCACUUUACUACUUUUGAGGUUUGUUUGUAGCAAACUUCAAGUCUGGAAUAUGCCAGAAUCAUCGCUUUUCACAAGACUACCUGUGUCAGUAACCCUUUCAGGUCUGACUGUUUUAUUCAGCAAAAAGUUGUUGUCUCAAUUGAACUCAGCAAUAUGGUCCAGAAACUUUAUAAUACCUUUACUCUUUUUUGUUUCUGAGUUCAUCGUCAUUAAUGCAAUCGUUUUGAAUUUCUUUGAACACUUGUGGCCUCUACAAGACUUUAAAACCCUUUCUUUACUAGAAAUUACUGCAUUGUUAUGGUUGGUUUUAAUUAAAAUUACAUGGGAUUUAGACAAUUCGGACUUCAAGAAUACUGGUGUUUAUCCCUUUACUAUUGUUUAUGUUCUAGUAUCUCUUGGUGCAAUGUUUGGUUUACUGUCAAUGUGUUUCAACACAAAGGCAUUUGAUGAUAAUGAUGAUCAAAACGAGAGUGAGCCAGAACAAGUUAACAGGACACUUUUAUCAGCUGAUAGCGAUAGCCAAGCUCAAAGCUUAGAAGAGCCUUCGAACAUUGAAGCAACUGAAAACUCACCCCUUAUUCGUACACCUAUGUCUUCAGGACAACCAACACCUACUGCGUCAAUUAGAAAAGUACCAGGUGCUGUUCAUUACCUAAGAUCUACUUUGAACUAUGACUGGUCUAUCCAAUACUUACUGGUAGUCCCCUUCUCGGUUUUCAUACUUUGGCAAAGUCUCUACCUCUUGCUAGAUGCACUAGCAAUGACGGUUCAAGAAUCCAACAAAGCUGUUCAAUCGGUUUUCACAUUUGCAACAUACGGUGCUAUUGUUGUUUCUGUACCACUAUUACCAUUUGUUGCCAAGUUAAACAGAUAUAUCGUAUUGAUAUUGACCUUCACAAUACUCAUCACAGCCUCUUAUAGUAUCCUGAUGGACCCAUUCACAGAAACAUCCCCAUUGAAGCUGAGAUUUGUGCAAAGGCUUGAUUUGUCCUCAUCUUCUGGAGUUUCUCAAAAGGUUGAAGUUUAUGGAAGAAGUGGUGCAAACCUUGCAAACGCAUUAGAGUCGUUACCAUCUCGCCCUACUGUUCAAUGUGAGGCAAUUGAUCCAAAAAUGGAGAAGUGUUCCUAUGAAGGAAUCUGGCCAAACUUUGGUAUUCCAAUGAAGGUUGAUGUUUUGAAGAACACACGUAAUGAUAAAGAACACUUGGAAUACGAACCAUACUUUGCCAAUGUACGUAUCAGUGUCCAAGAUAACAGAAACUGUGCUGUAAGAUUCAACAGCACUGCUGUUAAGCUAUUAAAACAAGUCGAAUUUAAGAUAGGCAAUAACACGGAAUCAUACUCAUACAAGAGCGACGAAGGUAUCGACUCUUUACUACUACACAAGUUGGACUUUAGCGCACCUUAUUAUGAUCUUCAACUAAAAUGGAUUCCUCGUUAUGCUGAUGAAGAGAAUGUAGAUACACUUGGUGUUUCGAUUGAUUGCUAUUGGGGUGAAUUCGAUGAAAUGGUAAAAGAUGGCCAAGUUCUUGAGAAAGUUCCUGCCUACAGCGAAGCGUUACAAUACUUACCAAAGAAUAUGAUAUUGUCUAAUAGAGAAAGCGGUAUUGUCACUAUCCAUAAGUAUCUCGAACUAUAG